AUGAAGACAUGUCUGAAAAGAGUUCAUAAUUUGGUUUUCAAGCUCUACCUAAGAAUGUGUUCAUUCACUGAAUCAAAAAAACACUAUAUCUCUGAGAACACAUUCGGGUCUUUGGUUUACGACAACUAUUUGAUAGAUUUCCCCAAAAUCAUAGACCUGUCCGUCCUCUACGCCGACACUAAUUAUCACCAAUUAUUGACUCGAAUGCUCGAGAAUGUAGUGAAAUGUCAGCCCAAAUAUACCGAAGACUUACUUAAAGGAGAACAAAUUGAAAAGCAAUUACUGAUAGCGCGCUCUAAUCUGAUGUUUACGUUUAGGGAAAUUAUUAAAAUUUGUUUCAUCGAUAAGCUCAUGGAUCCAAAGACAAAAAAGCAAUUAAAAGUCGAUUUAAUGGAUCAGUUCAUUGAAACUUUGACGUCCGCUUCAUUUGAGAAAAAUUUUAUAAACGAUUACUGCCCUCAAUAUGCGGUCGAAAAAGAUUUGGAAGAACUUUCCAAAAACAGCGAAUUAACACAAUUUGAAAGUCUCGAUAAGACUCGUAUCGAUUAUCUGAAAAGUUUGAUUCAAAGCAGUAUUUCUACUGAAGGCAAGAGUUGUGACAUUAGUAAUGAAGGCAAAGAUUUGUGUCAAAUCGGUGGACAAGUGAACGGAGUUGAGAGCAGUGAUGAAGUGAAUGAAAAUCUGCAGCUUGAGCUCAAUGAGGACAAUCUUCCGCCGCCAUUGUCUUCUUUAGACCGAAGUCUUCAAAAGGUGUCAACAAAAAAGACUAACGAAAAGAAAGUAAAAACGAAUGAAAAGACGAGAAACUCAGACAAUAAUGAUUUGCCGCAAACCAUACCUCAAACCAUACCUCAAGUGAUCGAUGAAAGGAAAAACAUCUAUAAUAACGACGAGUUUGAUAUCUUCCGCAACAAAAACAUUGAUUUGAAUCGAAUUCAUUUGGGAAAGAAAGAGAAAACUGUGCCUAAAAUGGAUGUCAAGACCAGAGAGAAGAUAAUGUCAUUGCAUUACAUGGCGUUAGAAGAGGAGGAGAACGAAGCGAUGCGGGUAGGAGAGGGUGACCUCAUGUCGAGCCAACUCGAUAAGCAUAGGGUCGUCGAAGAACUUAUUAAUGCUGACGUCUUCGCUCAACCCCUUCCUUCUGCGCGUUUUAAUCAUGAAUUCUCGCGCCAAAUGAGGUGCCGGUUGGGGUUCAAGGGGUCGGAUGAAAUAAGCAUAGGGUCGUCGAAGAACUUAUUAAUGCUGACGUCUUCGCUCAACCCCUUCCUUCUGCGCGUUUUAAUCAUGAAUUCUCGCGCCAAAUGA